CAGCUGCUUUUCCCUGUCAGCUAUCAGCCGUGGAGCUCUCGCGGAAGCAGUGACGUGUUCACAUUCCGGGGAUUGCACGAGCGGUAGUCUCGAGAGGAGAGCGACACCGCAGCAACCAGAAUGUCUGAAGGGGACAGUGCAGGUGAAUCCAUUCACGGGAAACCAUCAUCAAUCGCCAGCUUUUUCACAAGGCUUGGGCAGAUUUACCAGUCGUGGUUAGACAAGUCCACACCAUUUGCAGUGGUCCGAUGGGUUGUUGCUCUAAUUCUAACUGUCAUCUAUUUGAUAAGAGUGUAUAUACUGCAGGGAUGGUAUAUUGUUACGUACGCUCUUGGAAUCUACCAUCUCAAUCUCUUCAUUGCUUUUCUGUCGCCAAAAGUGGAUCCGUCACUACUGGACGACGCAGAUGAAGGUCCUGCAUUACCUACAAAGCAGAAUGAAGAAUUCCGACCCUUUAUAAGAAGGCUACCAGAGUUUAAAUUCUGGCACUCUGCAACUAAAGGAAUUGUGGUUGCAAUGAUUUGCACAUUCUUUGAAGCCUUCAACGUGCCAGUGUUCUGGCCUAUUCUCGUUAUGUACUUCAUCAUGCUUUUCUGUAUCACAAUGAAGAGGCAGAUUAAGCACAUGAUCAAGUACAGAUAUCUACCAUUUACACACGGGAAGGCAAAAUACAAAGGCAAGGAAGACACAGGGAAGUCCUUUACCAGUUAGAAUAAAUGUUACCGCCUGAAAAAAGAGAAAGAAAAUCCUUAACUUGGGGUGGGGUGGGGGGAGGAGGGACUAAAAAAAUAAAAUGGAAAAGAGUUUUGAUCCGUUGUGACGGUGUUGGACGGCAGACAGGUAAAGGAUUUACAUAAACAGAUUACGCUCCCCUUGGUACUAAAAGGUUCUCUCUUGUAGACCUUAUUUCAUUUCAGGACAGGUUUUCAUUGGAGUUGUGGAGUGCUUUAUAUUUGCCUUCUGCCCUCCCCGUGGGGGGAUGGUUCAAGCUGCUGUUGAGUGCUGUGAGGUACAGAAAUGUAUACCUGCUCCUGCUCUGCUUGUCCCUGUCUCAUUGGUGUAAUUCAUCUUCCAGCUACUUUCAGGGGAAAAGAAACCAAUAAAGCAAAAAUCAGCAUUUAAUCCACCCUUCUGGUCAGGUCAUGUUCAUCGUACCUGCCCAGUUGUUCAUUCCAUUAAAUUAUAGCACAGUGCACACAGAUCUAUUUUUGCCAAUUCUCUUGUUCUGACUUUUAAAAACCUCACUUUUUAUUACGAAGUAGUUCAAUUCUAGAAUCCUAUCAUUCCUAAGGAGAUUUAUUUUUUAAUGUUUGGUGCUCAUAUUCCAGAGGGUGUGCCAGAGAUGCAGUCAUGCUGUGAACGAUAGAGAAGGUUCAGGAUUCUGCUGUUGUUAUGGAAGGGAACAUAAGACAAGAAUUACAUGUGUCCGAAUCACCAUUUCACUAAAGGAUCAAAACUUUUUUCCUGGUGGAAGUGUAUCAUGUUUUCUUAGGGGUUUUGUUCAGGGUUUAUAUAUAUAAAAAAAAAGGGUAAAUAGUUUUGAGAUUAUUUUGAAUGCAUCAUAUUUUGCUUUACAAACAUAUUACUGUUUCCAGGUGUGUUUUUUUUUUUUUUUUUGAUUAACGUAUCAAUUUAUUUCAUGUAAACAAUCUCAUAGAAAUGAAGAAGUAGCCCUUGAACAGUAGCUUUAUAAUCCAGUUUCUUAAAAAAAAAAAAAGAAAUAUGUAAAAAUGCAUGUUUCGUGUCAUGUGCUCCAGGUAAAAAAAAAAAAAAAAACCCAAACAUGAUUUUAUUAACUUUAUUAAGUGUAAUUUUUCACUUCAGAUGUUAUUAAAGAGACAAUGUCCCUUU